UUCCUACUUCCGUGUGUCGCCCUCUUUCUCUCUUUCUUCCCUUUCUUGCCUCCCUUUCCAUUCCUCGUUCCUCACCGCCACUCCGUCUUUGUCUCGACAUCCAUCCUCCGGCGGCACUCGGCAUGCCACCCACUCCCUCGACACCCAGCCGCGUGGUGGAUCCCGCUGAUCCGGACUUCACCGCGUCUGACCUCCGAGUACCGGAAUUGCGCUCUCUCCUCGCAACUCGCAACAUCCGCUUGCCAACGUCCGCCAGGAAGCCAGCUUUGGUCAAAGCAGUGGAGGAAACGUUUGGCACGCCGGGGCAGACGCGAGGUAAUUUCGCUAAACAAGAGGAAGAGGAGGAUGAAGCUGGCAACUUCUCGGAUCAGAAUGUAUUCCAGACGGGCAGUGGCAAUGAAGCCAGUCCAAAGCCCAGGGGAGGCGUAAACAAGGCCAGGAAGAGUGCAGGAGCCGAACUUUCAACGCGAAAGACAACGAAAGUCAAAGACGAGGCGCCAGCUGCCAGAAGAAAGACCAUCGACCCUUCAAGCCUAGCCAGCUCUUCGGCUCGGAAACCUACAUCAUCAGUACCUCAAGCGCCUUCGCUUCCGUCCUCGCGAUCAGUCUCUUCCGUCUUCCAAAAUUACAUGGAUCCUAUCGUCGCCAAAGCAACACCUCCGCGCAAGGUCACAGAUGGGGUCAAUGGGACCCUGAGAAAGACGAGCGGCGCUGUGAAGCGUAUGACCAGUACCAUCACUGGCAACUUCGACAGCCCAGACGAAGGAGCUGAUGCAGACGUGUCCGGCCUCGCCGACGAUGUAGAAGACAGUGAAGAGGACGAAGAGGACGAGGUAGAGGAUGAGACCCCCUCAAAAGCUCGCGGAAGGAGGCGGCCGCUCGUAUCCUCAAAGCGGAAACGGCCGAUGAGCACCAAUAGCGCCCCCUCGGCAGCAGCUGUCCUUCGCUGGCUAGCCACAGCUGCCCUCAUCGGGUGGUGGAUCUACUAUGUGCGGGAUAGCAAGACGAUCGGAUACUGCGAUAUAGCCUCGGACAGCAAUGCUCUGCUCGAGACUCGGAUAGACGAUUAUGACAGGAGGAGACACAUCAGAGACCAUGCUUCUGCAGACGAUGAAGCCGAUUCGGUUCUCCUCAUGGAUCUGGUGCCCAAUGCGAUUCGUCCCGGUUGCACUCCCUGCCCUCCUCAUGCUUUGUGCGCAGGGGGAGAUCUCAGAUCGUGUCUAUCCGAUGAGUACAUUCAUCGUCCUUCCCUCUGGUCAAGUGUGCCUAUCCUUCGCUCGCUCCUACCUCUGCAAUGGCAGUCGGAGAGAUGUCACACCGACAGUCGUCGACUGGAAAUGAUUGAUGAACUGGCGGGAGAGAUUGCUCGUCAGCUGGGCAAUUGGCGAGGGGCUGUGACCUGCGGCAGUCGGCCCCAGCCAGAAGUAGCGUCUUUGAUCGCCACUAUUGGCCAGCGGGAGGACCUCUCGCUUUCCGAGGAGGACAAGGCGAGCCUGAAAUUUGCAGCAAGGGAGGAGCAACUGUUCCAAGCCUUGCUGGACCUUCGAGAUGAAGCUGCUGUUUCGUCAGAAGAGUACUUCUCGCAUUUGUGGGAUAGUGCAAUCGAGGAGCUGGAGACUGAAGGACUUGCGAAGCGCUUGACGGUCUCUACCCAGCCGAGGGAGUCAAAUUCAGAAGCCUCGUCCAGUCAAGAUUCAAUCGUCCUGCUACUCCCGGCUGCUUCUCUGGCUGUUAUCCCUCUCGGCUGCCGGCUGCGACUUGCACUGCGCUCCCUCUUCAGAGCUACGUUCCUCUACAUCGUAGCGGCUCUGUCGGCCGCACUCGCGCUCCUCUACACUCGCAAUCGUCUGCGACGAUCUCGCUUCGAAUCUCACAAGAUCGACGAGCUCACAACGGAAGUUUUGCAGCGUCUGGCCGAGCAGCAGAUGGUCUCGCUGCAUUCCAAUGCGCAACCCUCCCACCUGCCUGCCAACCACUUGCGAGACCUGAUGCUACCUGCAGCCAGAGGCGUCUCUGCCGUAGUGAGGAAAAGCAUCUGGAGUGGGGUCUCGAAGCAAGUGGAGAGCAAUUCGAAUGUGCGCGUGGGUAUGAAGAAGUGGAAGGGAGAGUACAGCAGGUGUUGGGAAUGGGUCGGCGUCGUGACGCCUGGUUAUGGUGGAGGUACUAGUGGCGCUUCGAGCCCGGCGCCUGGCACGCCUCACGGUGGGGACAAGAUGAUCAAUGGCUCUGCAGAAGAGGGGGGAGAGGGAGAAGGAUCCGAACCUGUGGAGGAGAUGGUGCAGAGCAAAGGCAGUAGACGUGUGUCAUAUGGGCUGAACUAAGUCGUGGCCGGAAUGUAAUGCUAUUCAACGAUGUCGC